GAGCUGUACCUGCGGCUGCCGGAGCUACAGGCUGCCUUGGCUCUUCAAGAGGACGCUCGCAGCUUCUUGCAGUUGAUAGCAGCCUUUGCACUGGAAACUGCCGAAGAUGUCAGAGACGAAGGUUUCAGUGGAGAUCCUGAGCUCUUGUUCCACUGCUUGGACAGCUUCCGCUAUGCCGCGCUGGUUUCCUCGCUAGUCGAGGAGUUUUCUGCGUUCAACGCAGCACGGCGCUACAAGUGGCUCCGCCUUGCACUCUUCCGUGUCGGCCUGGCUGUUACAGCCGCCGCUUUCGCCGGCAAAACCGCGCCCCAAGGAGGUCUUGGCGAUGUGUUGGCUUUACGAUUCCUGCAGGAGGAGCGGGGUGUGGCAGCUUUCGUGGAUUUGGCUCGAAGACCGGUGCCGAGGAUCCAUCCAACGGUUCACAUCGCCCUGAAAGAGCUCACCAGCUUGCUGUGCUUGGAGUUCAGCUCUGCGCCAUCCGAUGAGCAGCUGAACCUCUUCCAGCAGUCGGGCCUACUUGGCCUCGCAGGUGGCAUCGGCUCACCAGAGACGCGGCUGCUUCGGCGGCUCAGCGAGCAAAAUGGCCUCGCGCAUGCCGGCACGUGCAGGGCUUCCAUUCACUUUGGGCUUCUUGGACGGUUGGGCCGUGCUCCCCGUCCACCCGGAGAGGGUCAUGGAGGAGCUUCGGCUGUCGUUGGAGGUGUUGAGACGACCUUCCGUAUCAGCCGUGUCCAUGCGGCACAAGCUGCUUGCCAUGGGUCUGCCUGGGUUUAG